GGGUAGGGGACUGGCCGAUGAAAGGGAUAGCACGGGGGAGGGAAAGAUAAAUAGACGAAGAAGAGGAAGAGAGUAAAAGCAGAAGAAGUAGGCAACUCCGAGUAGCAUGGGGAUAGUGGAGGCGGCGCACAAUGUGCGGGUGAUUGGCCGGGAGGGGGAACGGGGCACCAUCGUCCUGGCGCAUGGGUUCGGUACCGAUCAGUCGGUUUGGAAGCAUCUGGUGCCGCACCUGGUGGAGGACUACCGUGUGGUACUUUUCGACAACAUGGGUGCCGGCACCACCAACCCCGACUACUUCGACUUCGAUCGCUACGCCACCCUCGAGGGCUAUGCCCUUGACCUCCUCGCCAUCCUCGAGGAGCUCCGGAUUGGACCCUGCAUCCUCGUCGGCCACUCGGUCUCCGCUGUUAUUGGUGCCAUCGCCUCCAUCUCCCGACCUGACCUCUUCACCAAGAUCGUCAUGCUUUCAGCCUCCCCUAGGUAUUUAAAUGAAGCGGACUAUUUUGGGGGGUUUGAACAGGAAGAUUUGGAUCAACUCUUUGAUGCGAUGAGAUCAAACUUUAAGGCAUGGGUAUCUGGAUUUGCACCAUUAGCGGUGGGUGGAGACAUGGAUUCUGUAGCAGUUCAAGAGUUCAGCAGGACAUUAUUCAACAUUCGCCCAGACAUUGCCUUGAGUGUGGCCCAGACAAUAUUCCAGAGUGACUUGAGGAGCAUACUUGGUUAUGUUUCUGUUCCUUGCCACAUCCUGCAGAGUAGCAAAGAUCUUGCAGUUCCCGUAGUGGUGUCUGAAUACUUGCACCAGAACCUUGGUGGCGAAUCCAUUGUGGAGGUAAUGUCCUCUGAGGGCCAUCUCCCACAGCUUAGUUCUCCGGACAUCGUCAUUCCUGUUCUUCUCAGGCACAUAAGGUACGACAUUGCAGUAUAACAACGAUAUCCAAGUCUACAUUAACUAGAAUAAUCCUCUCUUGUAAUUAACUACAUUAGCAUCUAUAUUUUGCUUGAAAUGUUGUAAACUACGUGAUUCAUUGUGUUUGUAGAAUUAAGGGACGUUAUUGUCCUAGUUAUGUAAGUGAACUCAGCGAAGUGAUCGGAUAAAUGUACUAGUUACUGACAUGAUUCAAGAACUUCUAAAUUAAUAUUUAUCUCCGUGCUUAAUUGGUAAA